AUGCUGGCGGGGCCUCCGCGCUUCCCAUUGGCUGCCUCGCCGCCCAGCUGUUGUCUGCGCCUCUCAGCUCCCUCUUCCUCCGAGCUGGGGGGAGAGCCCCGGGAACCCAACCCGCCGCCGCUUCCCAUUGGCCCCUCGGAAAAAAGGGGGCUGCGGCCGCCGGCAGCCAACCGGCUGGCGGGGGUUGGAAAUAAGGGGCGCCUUCGGGGAAAGGGGAGGGAGCUGCAGAGCUGGAGGAGGCUGGAUCUCUCCAGGGGGGCCCUGCUCCUUCUGCGCGCCGCUUGCGUUGCGGGAGGCUGGAGAGGCUCCAGCGCCGGGCAGGUGCGGGUCCGAGCAGGUGGUCGACCGGCCCCUGCGCCAGGUUCUCUUCCCCCGAAGCCCUCGCCAGCGUGUGGAGCCCGCCCCACACCCGCCCCCUGCCAAGCCACGGCCUUCACCUGCGUGUUCCAGUGUUUCCCCUGCGACCCGUCUUGUGGGAGCGCCUCGUGGGCCACCCCCGAGUUCACCCAGCGCUCCGUGGCUCCAAUGGUGAAGAUGACACGGUCCAAGACGUUCCAAGCUUACCUGCCUUCGUGCCACAGAACCUACAGCUGCAUCCACUGCCGAGCCCACCUGGCAAACCACGACGAACUCAUUUCCAAGUCUUUUCAAGGAAGCCAAGGCCGGGCCUAUCUCUUCAAUUCAGUAGUUAAUGUGGGCUGCGGCCCUGCGGAAGAACGGGUUUUGCUAACGGGGCUGCAUGCAGUUGCCGACAUUUACUGUGAAAACUGCAAAACCACGCUGGGCUGGAAAUAUGAACACGCGUUCGAAAGCAGUCAGAAGUAUAAGGAAGGCAAAUACAUCAUCGAAUUAGCUCACAUGAUCAAGGACAACGGCUGGGAUUGAAUGGCGAGGAGACGCGUGCCGCGCACGGGCGAGAGAGAGAGGGAGCUCGUCAUCCUACCAAACAUUUUAUCUCCCGAAAAACCCCACAUACAUAUAUAUGAGCGAGUGACUGACAACCGUUUGGUUCCAUGCGUUUGGGGGCUUGUCAUCGUCGUCGUCAUGUUGAGAUACUUCCUCACAGAACCCUUCCUGCCAUCGUUGGCGGUGACCGGCCUCGAUAACUCCUGUCUCUCUUUGCUUUUGUCUCUCUUUUGUGAGGUGACUUCUGGUCCCCUUCCUCCUCCUCCUCCACUCCCCUGCCCAGCUCCCUUACUCCUCUGUGUUCUGCCAUUGGGGGUGCAUAUAGAUAUAAGGAGGACUCGAACUCGGUGCCCCUCAAAACCAUUUCCUAAGUGACAUUGUCUCAGUACAAACUGAAGGUUGGUUUUGGGGGUGGUGUGUGUGUGUGUGUGUGUUUUUUAACCCAAGGGUCCCGGCACGAGGGAAGGAGUGCUGGGUCUUCAGACGUCGGGCGGGCGGGCAGGAGAGUUGCAUCGCCCCCUACCCCUUUCCCCGCUUGGCCUUUGAAAAAAAAAAUCCUGGUCAACCAUGGCUUGAAACUUGUGGACCGCAGAAAA